AUGACACUUAUUGAUGCAAAAGCAAAGAUUUUUGGAUUUAUUACAGCUCUCGAAUUAUGGAAAAAGAAAUUUUCCAAAAGAAAUUUCAGUGAACUUUACUGGUUGAGUAAAUGUGAAAUAACGAAUGAUGCUGGCAUUGAUCAUUUAAAUAUCUUGAUAAAGGAUUUCAAUGACAGAUUUUGCGAUUUAAAGGCAAUGAAUUUUCCUUCUUGGUUAACUCAACCGCUUCUGAUUAACGUUUCUGAUGCUACAAUCCAAUACCAAGAAGAGUUAUCAGAAUUACAACAUGAUGAAUCAGUGAAGACUUUGUUUAAAUUGAAAGGUACAAAGAUGUGGCUAUAUGACGAGGUUGAAAGAAAAUAUCCUAAAAUUUCUACAUCAGCGAGAGAGCUACUGAUUCCUUUCCCUUCGUCUUAUUUGGUCGAAUGUGGUUUUAGUGCAGUUGAUAAUUUGCUCGAAGCCAAGAGAAACCGGCUUGAGAUUACAAAACGUGGCGAUUUACGACUGAAAUUAACAAGUUGUCUCCUCAAAUUAAAAACUUGUGCUGUAUGCAUCAGGCACAGGGUUCUCACUAAAUUAGUCGAGCUGACCGUCAAAUAA